AUGCGUGUUCUGCAGCUCAUUCGUCGUCUCUCGGUUGCACGUGGACUCCAUACGCGUGUCAUUUCUCGUGCUACUGCUCCUUUGGUCUCUAGCUCACUGGAAUAUACUCGACACUCUAUUCCAAUCACAUCCAAGCGUGCGUUUACAACUGAUGGGAAUGAGUUUUUCUAUGAGGACGAGGAUGAUGACGAUUCAUUUGUCCAGUAUCCACCUGUAGCAGCUCGUGUACAGGCUGAAGCGCCUCAGUUUAAAGCCCGUGCAGUACUGAAUGAAGACAUUGUUGAUGUAUCAUUGGAUACGUAUCGUGGGCAGUACGUCGUGCUCUUCUUUUAUCCAAAAGAUUUCACGUAUGUGUGUCCGACUGAGAUUAUUGCAUUUAACGAUCGUGUGGACGAGUUUAAAGCGCUGAAUACACAGCUGAUUGCUGUGUCCUGUGACUCGCCGGAGAGCCACUUGGCCUGGACGCGUCUGCCUCGUAACAAGGGCGGGUUGGGUAAAAUGGAUAUUCCUAUCGUUUCAGACAUUACCAAGGUCAUUUCAGCCAAGUACGGUGUACUUGUAGAGCAGGAUGGUGUUGCUCUGCGUGGACUUUUUAUUAUGGACAAGGAAGGUGUGCUGCAACAGAUCACGAUCAACAAUAUGCCCAUUGGUCGCAGUGUUGACGAGACACUGCGUCUUAUUAAGGCACUGCAGUUUGUUGAAGAGCAUGGUGAAGUGUGCCCUGCCAACUGGCAGCCUGGUGACAAGACGAUUAAUGCUACCCCCACAGGCAGUCAUGUGUAUUUUUCAUCGGUUAAAGAGGAUGGAGAGGACGAUGAUUCUACCGCCUUGACGCUGGUGAAGAACAAGGCUGAGUUUCAAGAUCUGAUUAAAAGUGACAAGCUUGUUGUGGCUGAUUUUAUGGCUCCAUGGUGUGGCAAAUGCACGCAGAUUGAGCCAACUGUGGUAAGCCUGGCAGAGGCCCACCCGGAAGUGACGUUUGCUAAGUUGGAUGUUUCUAUCCCUGAAGUGGAAAAGCUUAAGGAUGAAUUUGACGUUGGUGCAUACCCGGAGUUUCGCUUUUUCAAGAAUGGCAAGGAAGUCCACGAGAAGAUUUCAGGCUACAAGAAGUCUCUGCUCAAGAAUGCUGUGGAGAAGCUGCUAUGA